AUGCUUAUAGGUAUAUCGGGUACAUUAAGCUCUGGUAAAACAGAGGUUGCAAGAUAUUUGACUUUUCAAGGAUUCAAAUUAUUAAGUUUCAAACAAAGUGGUGUUGAUGAUCUGCAAUGUGAUGAUUCUAUAGUUGAGUUAAGUACUCCUGAUAGUUCACCCAAAGAUAGUGUGGAUGAUUUGGUUGAAGGUAAAGUGAUUAAAAGUCUUGAAGGAUUUCAACCCUAUGACGAGUCAGAUGUUUCUGGAAAGUUUGAUUAUUUUUCAACUAUUGAAGUAUUUCAACAUUUUGAUGAUUUGAAUAGAUUAUUGGAUUAUGUUACAUUAAAUUGGAGAGAAAAUUUUGUCAUAUCCCAUAUUGAUAAUAUGGAAAUGUUAAUAGCAUUAAAGAAGAGACCAUUCUUCUUGCACAUUUCUAUUGACGCCCCUCUCCUUCUCAGAUAUAAAAGAUAUAUGUUAAGAAAUUCAUUUCAAAAUGGUAAUCGAUUAAAUCUUGAACAAUUCAUAGUCAGGAACGAUGAAUUAUUAUUCAAAACCGGUAAUCCAUUAAUAGAGAUCAACAAUCAAGCUCAAGUUAAAAUCAUCAAUACUUCAACUUCAAUCAAGAAUUUAUAUAUAAAAUUAAGCGAAUUAAAUCUAGUUGAUUUUUCAAGAUUAAGACCUACUUGGGAUUCAUAUUUUAUGAGAUUAGCUGAUUUAGCAGCCUUAAGAUCUAACUGUAUGAAAAGAAGAGUUGGAUGUGUUAUUGUUCGUCAAAAUACAGUUAUAGCGACUGGUUAUAAUGGUACACCAAGACAUUUAACCAAUUGUAAUGAAGGUGGAUGUGAAAGAUGUAAUCAAGGACAAGGUAGCGGAUCAAGUUUAUCCACUUGUCUUUGUUUACAUGCUGAAGAAAAUGCCUUACUUGAAGCAGGAAGAGAUAGAAUUAGAGAUAAUAGUGUUUUGUAUUGUAAUACUUGUCCAUGUUUAACGUGUUCUAUUAAAAUUGUUCAAAGUGGGAUUAGAGAAGUCGUAUAUGCUCAAAGUUAUUCCAUGGAUUCUGCAAGUCAUAAGGUAAUGAGUGAAGCAAAUAUUAUAUUGAGACAGUUUCAACCACCAACGGAUGGGAUUUUCAUAUAG